AUGGCAGGAGGAGGAGGAGGAGGAGGAGGUGGUGGUGGUGGUGGUGGAGCAUCAGCAGUGACGGAGGCUCCAGCUUGGGGAGUGUCAGGCAGGGAGCAGAUUGCUAAGUCUCAGAUGCGCGUUCAUCCUUCAAGCGAGGAAGGAGCGGAUUCAGUGAGUGAUGCACUGCCCUCCUUCGCACCUGCGCACAGGUCGUGGGAUGCGCGACCCAUGUACAACAGGAGGGUCUCAGCAGACGCGCUCGUCACGGGCUUGGAGGACAGGAAGGCGAAAAAUCGAGUGGUGAACGGAGCACACAGAGCAAGGUCGAAGAGUGUUUAUGAUGCUGAGUCGGUCAAGAAUGGGGUCAAGGAGCAGAGGAGGACAAGUUCGGACUCAAGAAGGCCAGGCUUCGCCGCGCAUGAACUCUUCCAGAAGAUUGAGAGCGAGCGCGCAAUACGGAGGAAUUCCUCCAACGUCGAAUUGAACAAGGAUCUGUCCAUGAACGGGAAAGAAGAUGGGGGGCAGGCAAAGAAUGGAGGUGCUCCAUCUCAAACCAUGCCAGAAGAGAAGCUGGUCGUCAAAAAAGAGGGAGAGGUCGAGAGCGGUGGUGGGGAUAGAGAUUGGCGGAAGAACAGGGGGAUUGUCGAGGACAGGAUUGUGGCUCUCAGGAGAUUUCUGACCUUGAUCAGUGCCUCUAGUAUCCUCUUCUCUUGCUUGCAGCACGAGAUGAUCAUCCAGAACACCAAUCCUCACUCUCUUGCCAUCAACACCCUCAAGAUCCUCUGUCUCAUCCUCGCCUUCGUCAGCGUCGUCACUCUGUACAGGAUCUUCUACCUCAAGAAAAUCUUCAUCAGGAUCCAGUUGCAUCUGCGAUCGCUGCAUCGCCUGGAUCUCAACGUCGCCCCUCUCAGCAUCGUGAAGGAACCCAAGUUCCUCCUGCAGACAGCCAUCUUCCUCCUCCACGUCCCUCCCUUCGUCUCCUUCACCAUCCCCGUCCAGUUCGGCCAGAACUUCAUCCUGUACCAGAUCGAGUCGGUCGGCGCUCUCUGGAGCACGACGAGGGUAUUCCUCCUCUGGUCCUGCUUGCGCGACUUCGUCCUCCGAUCGCUGCCCAAGAGACACACUGUCUCCAACUUCACCGAGAUCGACCUGGGAAGCGCGUUUGCGGUCAAGACUAUCAUGCAUGGUUACUAUGCUGUGUUCUUCAUCGCCAUGGUGUGGAUAGUGAGUGUUCUGCUGGCGGCGUACUGGUUCAGAGCCGUUGAGGUCACAGCCUGUCAGUUCGCGUUCACGACAGACCCGCGAUGUCUGCGGGUCAACGCGAGGAUGUGGUGGAACGAGCAGGGGGAGUACGAGAAAGUGAAUGACCUGUACAUGCAAAAUGCGAUGUGGGCGAUGUUCACGACGAGCACGACAGUCGGAUACGGGGACGUGCUUGCAACGACUUCACUUGGACGCCUCGUGUCGAUCUUCAUGUCCAUCAUCGGGCUGUCCAUGGUCGCCAUGCUGACCGCGUCGCUAAUGCAGAGACUUCAAUUCACGAACAAGGAGCAGACGGCGCUGCUCAUGUUCGACAAGCUCUCCGCCCUCCACCACCUGGAGAGGCACGCGGCAGAGUUGCUGCAGGUGUGGUACAGGAUCAGGCGGGAGCAGAAGCUGAAUGCCAGCAAGAGAGAGAGCGCGAGGAGAGUACACUUGCAGCAGAUCAAGGACGACUUCAAGAAGAAGAAGAAGGUAGCCCGCGCAGAGAUGGAAGACUGCUUCUCCGACCAGGCCAAGAUCGAUCAGAUCCACGAGCGCCUGAAAACCUUGUGCUCUUCCCUGCAAGAGAGGAUGCAGAAAUCUUCACCCCGCGGUAGCCUGAAGCGUCAGGGGUCCCACGAUGGCUCCGUGGUCUCCUCAAGCUCCAGAAGGAGCAACGGUACCAAUCCUCUUCCUCCUCCACCUGUUCCCCCUCCUCCUCCUCCCGAGGCUUUGUUGGUCUCGUCCUUCGCUCCCCGGGACUGGCGGCGGAGCCCUGUGAAGGUGGACGAGCAGAUCACCAGGAGCAGCAGGCUUGCUCUCCUCUUCGCCUCCCUGGGGACCCUCUUCGCGCUCCUGCAGAACGAGCUGAUCUUCGCCGAGGAGGAUCCUCAUGAUACUAGGAUCAACGCGCUCAAGUUCGCCAACACUUGCUGCUCCGUCGUCUGUGUGGUCUUUCUUCAUCGUAUCUACGCGCACGAGAUUCUCCUGCAGCGCAUCAUCGGGCACAUCCAGCGAGGCCUCGAGCUGAGCACGCACGUCCCCGUCUCCUCCGUCUUUCACAGCAGCAAGUUCUGGACGGAAGCAGCCGUCUGCCUCCUCCACCUCCCUCCCUUCUUCACCUUCGAGAUCGCCAGCAUGAUGAUGGGCAACAUCGUGGCCUACCGCGGGGAGACAGUCAUGUGCUCUUUCAACAUUCUCCGCGUCUACCUCGCAUGGCGCGUCUUUCGGCAGAAGCAUCUCACCCACCUGCCCAACCGUCACACCAUCGAGCUGUUCACACGCGUCAAGUUCAACUCCAUCUUCGUGCUCAAGCUCAUGCUCAACAGCUGGAACGCCGUCUUCUACCUCCUCCUCUGCGGCUUCCUCUUCGUCCUCCUCGUCGGCUACCUCUACCGCAACGCCGAGAUCUCCUCCUGUCUCCUCGCCACCACCUCCCACCCCAUGUGCCUCCUCCCCGAAGCCAGGAAGUGGAAGAUUGCCGGCAAUGAGUUCGACAAGACCAACGACUUCUUCCUCCUCAAUGCGUGCUGGUUCAUCUGGACCUCUGUCCUCCCUGGAGCAGGAGGCGGCAGCAUGUGCUCCACCCACUUCAGCCGCUUCCUCGCCGCCAUGGCGGCGCUCUACGGCAUCCUGACCUCCUCCAUCACGGCAGCGACGCUGGCGAACCUGUUCAACUACAGCACGGAGGAGAGCACAGCGCUGGGUAUCAUUUCCAGGGAGAAGUCGAGGGAGAGGGUCAGGGCGAUCGCUGCCGACAUCCUCAUCCUCUGGUGGAAACGAGCGACCGGCCGUCCUCUCACCCGCAGGCAGAGGAACCUGAAUACCUCCAGCUUGAGGCAAGCCCUGAGGGAGGAGAAGAUGCUGGUGAAUGUCGAGCUGGAGGAUGUUGCCAGCAGCAGCAGCAAAGUACAACAGAUCUCCAAGAGGUUGAAGUACAUUGAGAGUUACUUGGAAAGGGUGAGCGAGGAGGACAAAAACGAGAACUCCUCCUGA